GACAGAAGAACAGGAAGCCUUAUCAACUCUUUACCAAAGCUGUUAAUUUAUCCUCACUUAAUCUUAUGCUGUAGAUUUGAUUGGUUGAAAUGAGUUUUAAUGCUUUGUCAGUUGAACGUCAUUUAAAUAGAUUUGUUGUACAAGUUUAGUUUUGAGCCCUCCCUUUAGAAGAGCGGAUACAUGAGUAUGUGCAACUCAAAAGGAUGUGGUCGAUUGUGAGAUGAGGAAGAAAGCGAGGAGGAAGGAGCACACUGAACUUUAACAAAAAUUAGCUGUGUGACAGAAACAGAAGCCUGUAAAGUCGGAUCGUUUCAACCUUUCUCAUUUUGAGUGUGUCGAGUUUGUAUAAAGAUGCACUGAAGAAAAGACGAGAUGGAAGUGGAGGAGAGUGGUGUACCAAGGACUUCCUGGUCUGCAGCACCCGAUGAAAGACACGUUCCCUGUGACCAUGCAGGGAAAAAGAGAAAACAAGACCCAGCCCCUGGGCCUGUCAUCAGAAUCACAGAGGAUGAAGAGGAAGACGAGGAGGAUGAAAUGAUGUCUGAGCACAUGAAGGAUUCAGAGGAGCCAAGUAAUAAAAGAGUCAAACCAGUGGUGAAGUCCAACAGCCUAACAGGGGUCUUAACACCAGUGAAGACCCCUGCUCUGAAACGCAUCGGACAGUCUAUUUCGAGGUCUAUCAGUUUUCGCACUGAAGCUCGACCUUUACCCCCGGCCCCCCUGCGUCCUCGCACCAAGGCCUCGUCCUUUCCACGCCGGCGCAACAGCCAGUGCUGGAGCGACACUGUGGAGAGUCAUGACCUCACUGCAAAGGAAAUCAAACGGCAAGAGGUGAUCUAUGAGCUCACUCAGGGAGAGAGACAACUGAUUGACGACCUCAGUCUGGUCAGGAAGGUGUACUAUGAGCCCAUGCUGAAGUUGGACAUCAUGACAGAAAGUGAGCUCGGACAAAUCUUUGGUACACUGGACUCUCUCAUUCCUCUCCAUCAAGAUCUCCUGAGUCGUCUGGAGCGUCUGAGGGGAUCAGAGAAGACAGUUGGAGAGGUGGGGCCUACUCUGAUGAACUGGUUUCCUUGCCUGGAGUCCUACGUCACGUACUGCUGUAACCAGGUAGGGGCCAAAGCUCUGCUGGACCAGAAGAAGCAGGAGAAAAGAGUGGAGCGCUUUCUGCGCCUGUGUCAGGAGUCCUCAUUCAGCAGAAAACUGGACCUGUGGAACUUUCUGGAUCUUCCCAGAAGCCGUUUGGUCAAAUACCCGCUGUUGUUGAAAGAGAUCCAGAAGUGCACACCUCCAGAUCACCCAGACGAGGACACAUUACCUGACGCUUUGGAACUGAUUCAGAGCAUCGUGGGGGAGGUGAACAAGAAGACCGGGGAGGCAGAGUGUCAGUUCUACAGGCGAGGUCUGAGCUACCUGGAUGAGAGUCAGAGACUACCAGAGAUCCAGCAGUCCCGUUUUCUGUACUGCCACGGAGAGCUGAAGAACAACAAGGGCCAGCGGCUGCAUGUCUUCCUGUUUGAGCUGGCAUUGGUGCUGUCCAGGCCAGGGGAAGACAAAGAAGGGGGUCAGGUGUUCAAUGUGUACAGACAGCCUUUGCCUAAUGCCCUGAUAAAUCUGGAGGAGAUCCCUGACGGAGAGCCUGCUGGAGGGGGUUCCUUCAGGGGAGCGUUCACUGGAAAUGAUAAAGUGAAAAACUGUUUCCGUGUGAGCAGCAGAGGGCGCUCCAAAGCAAACCCUUACAGCCUGCAGGCCAACGACUCCUUCAGCAAGCAGCAGUGGAUCGGCUGUCUGCGGCAAGCCAUCGUCCAGUCCAGGGACAGGACCGCUCAGACCAGCCAGUCGCAGCUCUCCCUGCACCCUGACCCCGCCUUGUAUCACAUAGCUGAGCUCAGCCUCAGCUCAGACACAGACAUGGCGGACCACACCAGCCGCUGAAUGUUUGUAGACUGAACACCAGAAGGCCUUUGGAGGGUCUAAAGAUCUGUACAUUGACUUUGUAGGAAUUAAAAAAAUGGACUUUAAGAAAGAUUAUUGUGGUUAGACACUUGCAUUGCAUUCACAACAUGGCUGGCUUUCUGUUCUUGUAUUUGUUGAUGGACAGUAUGAUUGUGAUGAAAUGUGUUACACAGCUUUAACAGUAUUAUUGAAUGUAUGAAGUUACUUUGUUGUCAUUGUUGUCUUUUUUUUAAUAAACUGACGAUCAAAAGUG